CCCCCGCCCGCCCCGAGCCGCGGGGCUGCGGCGCCGCUGCUGACACGGCUCGGCCGCCGCCGCCACCGGGCGGAGGCUGCGCGUCGCAGCGCCGGGCGGAGGGCGCGCGGCGAUGGCGGCGGCGGCGGCGGCGCGGGGCGAGCGGGCGCGGCGGGCGCGGGGCUCGGGCUAGCCGCGGGGCCGGGCCGGAUGGCGGGCGGCGCGGGCUGGGCAGGCGCCCCCGCGGCUCUGCUGCGCUCGGUGCGCCGCCUGCGCGAGGUGUUCGAGGUGUGCGGCCGCGACCCCGACGGCUUCCUGCGCGUGGAGCGCGUCGCGGCGCUCGGACUGCGCUUCGGCCAAGGCGAGGAGGUGGAAAAACUGGUGAAGUAUUUGGAUCCCAACGACCUGGGGAGAAUCAACUUCAAGGACUUUUGCCGAGGGGUGUUCGCCAUGAAAGGCUGUGAGGAGCUGCUGAAAGAUGUGCUGGCCGUGGAGAGCGCUGGGACACUGCCCUGCGCGCUGGAGAUCCCAGACUGCGUGGUGCAGGGCAGCGAGGUGCCAGACCCCACCUUUGCUGAUGGCGAGCUCCUCCCCAGGGAGUCCGGCUUCUUUCCUGUGGAUGAGGACGAGGCCAUGACGCUGGCCCCGCCCGAGGGCCCCCAGGAGUCGGACAUGGACGGCCCCGCGGAGAGCAGCCGGAGCCUGGAGGGGCCGGUCGGGAUUCCUGCCGAGGAGAAGGAGGCAGGGCUCGGGGGCCUGUUCCUUCCAGAGGACAAGUCCCUGGGCCACACUCCGUCCGUGACCACGUCGGACCUCUCCACACACUCCACCACCUCACUCAUCAGCAACGAGGAGCAGUUCGAAGAUUACGGGGAGGCGGAUGACGUGGACUGUGCCCCCAGCAGCCCCUGCCCUGACGACGAGACCAGGACCAACGUCUACUCGGACCUGGGCUCGUCGGUGUCCUCCAGCGCGGGGCAGACGCCUAGGAAGAUGCGGCACGCGUACAACAGCGAAUUGCUGGAUGUUUACUGCUCUCAGUGCUGCAAGAAAAUCAACUUGCUCAAUGAUUUGGAAGCCCGACUGAAAAACCUGAAGGCCAACAGCCCCAACCGGAAGAUCUCUAGCACAGCCUUUGGACGGCAGCUCAUGCACAGCAGCAACUUCAGCAGCAGCAAUGGCAGCACCGAGGACCUGUUCCGGGACAGCAUCGACUCCUGUGAUAACGACAUCACUGAGAAGGUGAGUUUUCUGGAAAAGAAGGUGACAGAGCUGGAGAAUGACAGCCUGAGCAACGGGGACCUGAAGAGCAAGCUGAAGCAGGAGAACACACAGCUGGUGCACAGGGUGCACGAACUGGAGGAGAUGGUGAAGGAUCAGGAGACCACGGCCGAGCAGGCCCUGGAGGAGGAGGUUCGGCGCCACCGUGAGGCCUACAGCAAGCUGGAACGGGAGCGCAGCACGGAGAUCGAGCUGCUGAAUACCAGGGUGCAGCAAUUAGAGGAAGAAAAUACGGAGCUUAGGACGACAGUGACUCGGCUGAAGUCGCAAACAGAGAAGCUGGAUGAGGAGCGGCAGCGCAUGUCCGACCGGCUGGAGGACACCAGCCUGCGGCUCAAGGAUGAGAUGGACCUGUACAAGCGCAUGAUGGACAAGCUGCGGCAGAACCGCCUUGAGUUCCAGAAGGAGCGGGAGGCGACGCAGGAGCUCAUCGAGGACUUGCGCAAGGAGCUGGAGCACCUGCAGAUGUACAAGCUGGACUGCGAGCGGCCGGGCAGGGGCCGCGGCUCGUCCUCCGGCCUGGGCGAGUUCAAUGCCAGGGCCCGAGAGGUGGAGCUGGAGCAUGAGGUCAAGCGGCUCAAGCAGGAGAAUCAUAAGCUGCGGGACCAGAACGACGACUUGAACGGGCAGAUCUUGAGCCUCAGCCUCUACGAAGCGAAGAACCUCUUUGCCACCCAGACCAAAGCCCAGUCGCUGGCUGCGGAAAUAGACACGGCCUCUCGUGAUGAGCUCAUGGAAGCCCUAAAAGAGCAGGAGGAGAUCAACUUCCGGCUGAGGCAGUACAUGGACAAGAUUAUCCUUGCCAUCCUGGACCACAAUCCCUCCAUCCUCGAGAUCAAGCACUGAGACGAGGGGCCUGGCUGCAGAGCGGCCUCGGGACCCCUGGACCCCGGGAUUAAGGGCCAGAUCCUGCCUGAGGAUGCGGCCCAGGCCGGGCUCCCACGCACACUGUAAAUGUGUCUCUGGCCACGGUGGUGUAACGUGUACUGGUGUGUAUGUGGGGAGGCCAUGCGCACAGCAAGGGGUGAGCGUGGGCCGUGGCCGCGGGCGCCAUCUGUGCUGUUAGCCGUCCUUGCACUUUGUGGUCCCUUUGCGUGGGGCAGAGGGUCCCCGAGGUGGGCGGCGGCGAGGUCGGCAGUCAGGAGUUACUGUAACGAUGAGAGCUAGAAGCUUGUGUUUCAGAUACUGGAUAAAAUGAUUCUACCUCUGGGGACCAGGAUUAAAAAGUACUCUAGUGAGACAGGCUCUUCCACCACAUCCCUGUUUCCCCCUGGGAGUGGGAGCAAAAUUCCCAUCUUUUCCAGGAGUUCAAAUGCCUCACCAACCUCUUCGGCCACCUUUCAGGCCCAGGUGCUUGAGCUCGGAGAGGAAGAAGGAGCGUAUGGGGGGAACGCGUAGGGGCCCCUCACGAGCCCCCCCACCCCCAGCCGGCAGCCCGUGUGAGGCUGUGCACAGUGUGUCCCAAGGACUCAGGUUUGUGGAGGAGCUGGAGGGGGCGACCUUCAUCCUGAGAAUUCUUGGCGUUCUGAGAGUUCCCCGCAAACUUCUCCAUCCCUGCUCACCUACCUCUCCCUCUCUGUCUUUUUUGUUUUUUAAGACACUGAAAAAUGAGCAGCGUUCACCUGGGUGUACAUGAAGGGUUAAAAGAAAGGGGGAAGGAGGCUGGGGACAGUCUAAGGCACGCGUUGGCGUUGGGCAACCAAAGACACGAUUUUCAGGCGGGAGCACGCUCAGGUCCCUGUCAGCAUCCUUUCCUGUGGAUGCCUUUUAAGAGAGGGCAUGGAUGGACCCUCUCGACAGCUCCCUCGGGCUAGAAGUGGGCCUUGCUUACCUGUCCCUGGGAAUGGCCUUGGGUUUGGAUUUUCAGAAUCCAAGCUCUGGGCUUGGCUCAGUUGGGUGGUGAGGGCCCCGUGUUCCAGCCUUUAGAAACACACCUGUACUCGGGUCUCAGCCAGGGGAACGCCGUGCUGGUGGGAGAGACGGUUGGGGAAGUUGCAGGGAAACCUUAGUCUUCCAUCCUGGUGACACGUGGUGGAAAUUCACCCUCUGGAUCUUUCAUGUGAUGUUUGGUUCUAGGUGGCUGGGAGUAGAUACGGUACUUCCCUUUGAGUUUUCCAGUGUGUCUCAGUUUUGUAUGGCUUGUGAAUUGUUUCCUUAAUCCAAAUACAUAUAAACAAUGUAUGGUCUUAUUUUC